AUGACUUGCAUCUAUUCUUGUUUGUGGCCUUUUGCACUGGUGUCCAUGUUGUUAGUUGCUUUGUGCAGUUUCUCAGGCAUGAACAUGAGCCAUCAUCAUAUUGAUAGUCAUAUGUUGCUUCUUGUUUCAGAUUGCUAUGAUCCUUUGGACCCAAAUGGAAACUUUACGAUUAUUUUCGACACUUAUGAUUGGACAGAUGACGGCUAUUUGGCAAAAGUAACCAUCCAAAAUUUAUUUCAGUAUCGUCACGUGGACAAGCCUGGUUGGCAGAUUGGGUGGAUAUGGCAGCAGAAUGAAGUCAUUUGGUCAAUGAAUGGUGCCUUUGCCACAGAACAAGGAAACUGCUCAAACUACAAGACUGAUAUACCACACUCCUGCAAGAAAGAUCCUGAAAUACUUGAUCUCAUGCCUGAUGCUUCCUCAGAUAACAAAUCCGAAGACUGCUGCCGCAGUGGUGUUCUUGAUGCCCUGGCUAUCAAUCCCUCCAAGUCUUUCUCUUCCUUUGGAAUUAAAGUUGGCAACUUGGGAGGAGGUCCUUUUUCAGGACUUCCACCUCUGAAUCUUACUCUGAAUGCACCAGGUCCUGGUUACACUUGUGGGCCACUUAAGAGUGUUGAUCCCACAGUUUCUUUAGAUUUUGGGGGUAGAAGACAUCGCCAAGUUUUCAGAACAUGGAAAGCAAUAUGCGCUUAUUCCAGUUUUUUAGCUAGUGGGACUCCAGUCUGUUGUGUUUCACUCUCUUCAUUUUACAAUCCUGAGAUCACAUCAUGCCCCAAGUGUAGCUGUGGAUGCAGAGAAGUAACAGACAAAAACUUCGCUGAUCCUCUCUUUCUUUCUCUGUCUCUUCCUCUUUGUGAUAACAGGCCAGCUUACCCCUUCCCAGCAAUGUCACUAACAGGGGAUAAUUCAGGAGCUAAUUUUAUGGGUGCUCUAGACCCGGUGAAAUGCACAGAUCAUAUGUGCCCGAUUCGAGUUCAUUGGCAUGUCAAGACCAGCUAUGUGGAUCACUGGAGAAUUAAACUUACAAUCACUAACUACAACUAUCAGAGGAACUUCUCAAACUGGAAUGUACUGGUCCAGCACCCUGGUCUCUCCAUGAAUCCAAUAACAUAUAGUUUCAACAGCACAUUGCUUCAGCCUGGCUUUAGAGACGCAGUUGCCCUCUUCUGGGGUAUAGCCUUUGUUAAUGAAGAGCUGAUUGCUACUGAUGAGGAUGGAGUGGGUUCAGUGUCAACAGAGAUACUUUUGGAAAAAGACUCAGAAUCAUUCACAUUCAAAAAUGGAUGGGCUUUUCCAAGAAGGGUAUAUUUCAAUGGAGAAAACUGUGAGAUGCCCUUACCAGACACUUUCCCAAUGUUACCAAAUGGCACCUCCAAAACACAACCACCAACACAUUGGCUCUUCCUUCUUCUCAUCUUUUUUAUUUCCCAAACCCUACUUUUACAUGCCCUUUGA